AUGGAAGACAGUGAGCAAACUGGUGCUAUAAUGCCAGAAGGGCAGGAGGCUGGUACAGCUCGGACUCCUGAGGAGAAGGCUGCGCAGCGGAAGAAAACUAAGAGGCGUCAGAAUAACCGCAACUGGGCGAACAAGCGUGCUUUGGCGGAGGCGGCGGCCACCCGCGAGCAAGUCAGCAACAUGGCUCCUCCGCAUGGCAGCUAUCUCAAGAAGACUGUCAAGGUUGACCCGGAUUUCGAUCUUUUCCCAGCAAUCACGGCUGACCUGGAGGCAAGAGAGACGGCGAGGAAAGCAGCCAAGGCAAAGGGCAAAGAUUUUGAAGGAAGACCGCCAACAGACAAUGAGCCAUUGCACCCCCGACCACCAACAGAAGCCGAAAUCAAAGCUGCUUGUACCAUUGUCAACGACCCCAAGCAAUUUACCUUGUACGAUCAUGGCCAUGUUCGAGUCUUUGAGAAGUAUCCCGAGAAGGAAACCCCCAAGAAAGCCCCCAAGAAUGCCCCCCAGAACGCCCCCCAGAACGCCCCCGAGAAUGCCCCCAAGAAUGCCCCCAAGAACCAGGAUCGUCCAAUCAUAGCUGAUAUCUUGUUCACCGACCUCAAGACCAUUCCCGACAAACUGCAGGACGACUUGACUUUCUUUCUAGGUUUCCUGGAGAUCUUGAAAAAGUUUGUCAACAAGGUUGGAGCGGAAGGUCGGUCUUGUGGUGGUUGGAUGUGGGGAAUCGGUUGGCGGAAGUCGAUGACACGGUUCGAAAUUGUGGGGAGAUACAUCAACAGGCAGGCCAUAGCGGACAAUCUCGAGGAAUUCAAACAACACAUUCGAGAUGCGGAUUGGGCCUCACAAAUCCUCUGGGACCUGUUCUAUCCCAUGGGUAAUCAAGCUCUGAAGACCAACCAGGAUUUUAUGUCGAAACACGCCAUGCCAGCCUUUUCCAAUGCUGCUCUCCCGAAAGAUGGUGUCGAAAGCAGCAACAAGAAGUUCUUCUCCAGUCACCUCACCUUCACAUCCGAAGGUUUCUAUAACCUCCCGCACCUAGACCCCAGAGACAACAGACGCCUACCUUUUGCAUUCUUGUUAUGCAUUCCGACAUUCAAGGACGGUUGCAUGAUUGCUUUGGAAUCCGAUGGUUACGACGUCACCGGGGGCGACUUUGUUUUUCCGCAGUGCAAGUUUGAGAUCAAGUUCAAGCCGGAUACAAUGGUAAUGAUGAUAUUUGCCCAGAGGAAAUACUACCACGGUACACUCAAGCCAUACGAAAGUGACACUUUCACGAAACUUGGAAUGUCUAUGCAGAUUGCUCAGAAGAUGAGCAAUGUAUGUGACAAGGUUGUUGAUGGUACGAUUGAUGAGAUUGAGAAGAAGCAUUUUCUGUAUGCUGCAGCAAUGACUGCCAAGAAAGGAAAUUAG